AUGGUCAAUGCGUUUCCAGUCUUUCAGCACGAUCUUCCGGCUUUUCUCUACUACUGGAAAGUCCUGACUUCCACGCCGGACUUAUCCACCAAGCAGUCAGGGGAUUUACUCCUGAGUCUCGAUACAGCCUUGUGGGAUGAAAAGUCCUUGGAGGACCUUCGGUCUUGGAUCGCAGAGAAAACGGGCUUGGAGGAUUUGGAAUCGGGAGGGAGGCGUCAGAGCCAGGAUUAUAUGAACCUGCCAUCCUUUCUUCCAGACUGGUUGUGGAAGAACUUGUUGGAUCCGAACGAGGCUCCGGAGGUGUCUUUGGAGAAGCUUUGCGGCUAUGCCGCGAAUCUUGGUUUGCGUUUACCAACAGAGGGUACAUUGGCCAUGCUUUGCACCCUUGCUUACCAGAAAGAUGUUCUGGCCAUGUCUGGCCACGCAAAGCAUAGGUUGCUCGAGCAAAAGAAGCCUCUGAUACGCAAGUGGCUUCAAGGCAAUAGGCCUCCUGUGCAUGUGGGGACAUUGCCGGACUCUUGGACCGAUAUUCCCGGAGAGCUUCGCAGGAAGGCGAUUCCGUCGGGGGUGGAUCCACUACCACCACCGCCGAGUCAUGUGGAUUUUUGGCGUGUUGCGAGCACGUGGCCUGUGCGGGUGUCCAACCGGAUGGCCUUGGAUGGAGCAGCUCAGGCUUCUACGCCUUCUGGCGUGGAUUCCGGAGCAUUGGGGAGGAUGGCAGAGGUGGUCCAGUCUAGCGUGCAACUUGUACAAGAAGCACAAGCCAUGGCCCGCACUGCUCUGACGUCGGUGGGCAAGGGACCUUCAGGCGAGCAGGUUAUGCUGGCAUUGGAGGAUGGUUCGGUUGACGAUGUUCCUGCCCGCAGAGCAGCUCCAGAGGUGGAGACGCCUGCAGAGCGACCAGGUGAGUCUGUGCGCGUGGGCACGGGAAAGAUCUCUGUACAGCAGCAAUUACGUGACCUGCAGACAGGUCUCACUGGAGCAGACUGCACAGAUGCCAUCUUGAAGCGUCCGGCUGCUUCGGUGGACCUGCGGAAGCGUCCGGCUACCCAGAUGGCCAGGCCAGCAGCUGCCUCCAAGGGAUCUUUGCCACGUCAGCCAUCGCGGAAGCAAAGGCCGGCUUCUGAUGACACGCGGAAGAAGUUUACUUCCAGGGCAUAUCACGCUGCGAAGAAGCGCGUGCUUCGGAGUGGAGGUAGUACAGUUGCCGCUACGGAAGCUGCUAGGGAGGCUCUGCGCAAGGCAUCGGUUCGUUGGGCUGCAGAUCAUGCGUGA